AAGAGGGAGUUGUCAAAGUGGCACACAGCUCGGACCUCUGCAGCGCGCACUGUCUGGCGGAGGCGCGUCCCGGUGGUUGUUGCGCACCGUUUUCUCCAUCUUUGCGCUCUUGAACUCAAACUGUUUUUCCUUUUUAAAUGAAAGUGAUAACUGGUUUAUUUGUAUUAUAGUCGACUGACACUCAGUGGGAGGAGCAUUACACAAAUCUCCAUCGGAUGCCAUUGCCACUUAAUUUCUUUUUUGCCAUAGCGGAACAUAAGACGGAUUGAACCCGCAGACUGAUAAGAGGUCCGUGGCUGUCUGGUCCUUCAUCAAAAAGUGGACACAUUACGCAGUCCCCUGCGUCCCGACUAGAACGCCUCAUAGGGAAGUUUGAUCAUCAUCAUAAUCAUCACCACCAACAACACCACCAGCACCGCCAUCACCAUCAACUUCAUCAACGUCAUUCCUUUGGGUUCCUCGCCUCGAGGAUGGAGACAAGCCCCAUCCCGGUUUUGACGGUCCAAACCACGCCGUUUGAGGACCAGCGGCCCGGUACCAAUGGGCUCCGGAGGAAGACGGCGGUGUUCGAGGGGAAGAAGAACUACCUGCAGAACUACAUCCAGAGCGUGCUGUCCUCCAUGGACCUGCGGGACCGCCAGGGCUGUACCCUGGUGGUGGGGAGCGACGGCCGCUAUUUCAGCCGAGUGGCCACCGAGGUGAUCGUACAGAUGGCAGCAGCUAACGGGAUUGGACGUCUGGUCAUCGGCCACAACGGCCUCCUGUCCACGCCGGCCGUGUCUUGCAUCAUCAGGAAGAUCAAGGCCCUCGGUGGGAUCAUCCUCACAGCCAGCCACAACCCCGGGGGGCCCGCCGGGGACUUUGGGGUCAAGUUCAACGUGGCCAAUGGCGGCCCCUCCCCAGACACAGUGAUGGAAAGGAUUUCCCAGGUGAGCAGGACCCUGGAGGAGUACGCCAUCUGCCCUGACCUCCACAUCGACCUCUCCCGGCUGGGCAGGCAGGACUUUGACCUGGAGAACAAGUUCAAGCCGUUUAGAGUGGAAAUUGUUGACUCGGUGGAGGUGUACCUCAACCUGCUCAGAUCCAUCUUUGACUUUACCGCCAUCAAAAGUCUCCUAACUGGACCAGACCAGCUCAAGAUACACAUAGACGCCAUGAACGGAGUAAUGGGCCCCUAUGUGCGUAGGAUCCUCUGUGACGAGCUGGGGGCCCCAGCUAACUCUGCCGUCAACUGCGUCCCCCUGGAGGACUUUGGGGGCCGACCGCCCGAGCCCAACCUGACCUACGCCACCUCCCUGGUGGAGGCCAUGAAAGGCGGGGGAGUUGGCUUGGGUGCAGCUUUCGACGCAGACGGGGACCGCUACAUGAUCCUUGGGGAGAACGGCUUCUUCGUGAACCCCUCGGACUCGGUGGCCAUCAUGGCGGCCAACCUCUCUGCGGUGCCCUACUUCAGACAGCACGGCCUGCGGGGCCUGGCCCGCAGCAUGGCCACCAGCACUGCCCUGGACAGGGUGGCCAAAGCCCUGAAGGUGGCACUGUACGAGACUCCUGCUGGUUGGAGAUACUUCGGAAACCUGAUGGAUUCUGGGCGUUGUAGUCUCUGUGGGGAGGAGAGCUUCGGAACAGGUUCCGACCACAUCCGGGAAAAGGACGGCUUGUGGUCUGUGCUGGUUUGGCUGUCCAUCAUGGCCUCUAAGAAGCAGGGGGUGGAGCAGAUCACCAGGGAGCACUGGGCGAGGCUCGGACGCAACUACUUCUGCAGGUUCGACUAUGAGGAUCUGGACCCGCGGGCCGCCUUCUACCUGAUGAGGGACCUAGAGUCGGUCAUCUCGGACAAGGCCUUCAACAACCAGAAGUUUGCGGUGGGGGACCACAUGUACGCCGUGGAGCGGGCCGACAACUUUGAGUACCUGGACCCGGUGGACGGGACCGUGGCCCGGAACCAGGGCCUGAGGAUCCUGUUCGCCGACGGGUGCCGCCUAGUCUUCAGGCGCAGCGGCAGCGGAGGAGGGGCUGGGACGGGCGCCACCAUUCGAAUCUACGCCGAGAGCUUUGAGCGCGACCCGGAGAGACACAGCCGAGAGACACAGGUGGUCCUGGGACCUCUGAUCGCCAUCGCCCUGAAGAUCUCAAACAUCCACGAGAGGAUGGGGCGCCGUGGGCCAAAUGUCAUUACCUGAACAUCUGUAUGGGGGGCACACACACACACACACACACACACACACACACACACACACACACACACACACACACACACACACACACACACACACACACACACGCGCACACGCACACGCAGACGCACUCAGAUGCAGACACACACGCAUGCAGACACACACAGACACACACACACACUCACACACACAAACAGACGCAGACACACACGCAUGCAGAAACACACAGAGACACACACACACACAGAUGCCGACACACACACACGCACACACCCAUACACGCACGCAGACACGCACACACACACGCACACACCCAUACAAGCACGCAGAAAUGCACACACACAAACACACACACACACACACACAUACACAGACACACGCACACACACACAUAAACACAUAUGCACACCCAGCCACACAUGCUCAGACAGACACACACACACACACACACAGACACCAGACACACACACACACACACACACACACACACACACACACACACACACACACACACACACACACACACACACACACACACACACACACUCUCACACACACACACACACACACACACACACACACACACACACACACACACACACACACACACACAGACACACACACACACGUGCAGACAAAUACAUAAACACAUUGAUUUAUUGUAACAAUUGAACAUUAUAACAGGAACUGAGUCUGUACAUCUUAAUGUACUAAAGUUUCUAUCUGAAAUCUAGUUUGCAAAAAGCUGUGCGGAACUCACGGACACAUACACACUAAAGGCAUAGACACACUCGCAUGCACAUUAAAACGCACUGUACAGGGGUAAUUUACCUCUCUCUUUCCCUUGUUUGUGGCUCUGCUCUUUAAUUUUACCAAAGACACAGGCAAUAUAUUUGUAUUGUUUAUUCUUGUCACAGUGAUGAAUGGAUAAUACUUGUUUAAGAUGACUUGCUCAUGGGGAAAUAUCUGUAGUAACUUUUUUCGAAAAUCUGUUUCUAGUGUUGAUUUUAUUUUCAUGCCUCACGUUUGUCAAGAGCUUUUCAGUUGAAUCGGCCAAGUAAAUUUAGUUUUUUUUGUUUCAGUUCUUUGUGGUUGUUUGUUUUGCCACCAUUGAAUGCACUGUAACCUUUUUAGAACAAUCUGCCUCCUUAAAGCAGGAUCACUAAUGCCUUGUUCUGUAGGUGUGACCUAUUGAAAACAUCAUCAUCAGCAUCAAAACCAAAAACGUAUCCAAAUAAACAACCCUUACACCUGCACUACGUAACUUUCUACUGCAGCUACUCCAAAUAAACAUUAUUUGAACAUCUGAAAUAUCUUGAGUACCACUCCCUCCUGUUACAGGCGCCAGCGCCUAAUAUGAGAUGUUUAUAGCCUAUACUGUAGCUACAACUGAAGCCACCAGAGGCUGCUAAUUGACCUCACAUAAGGCAUAUUUUUUCUGAUAUAAUUUCUAAAGGUCCCAAAAAUGCCUCUGUACCUAUGGCAAUGGCUGGUCAAUAUUUUGAUUAGGCUAACCUGAUUUGAAUGUAAAUUGAAUUCACAGAGAAAUUAUAAAAUGAUGAUGUGGAACAGAGAGUGUGAAAUAUAUAGUGUAUGUGUGUGUGUGUGUGUGUGUGUGUGUGUAUGUGUGUGUGUGUGUGUGUGUGUGUGUGUGUGUGUGUGUGUGUGUGUGUGUGUGUGUGUGUGUGUGUGUGUGUGUGUGUGUGUGUGUGUGUGUGUUGGUGUUUGUGCGUGUAGUUGUGUGUGUCUGUGUCAGUGCAUGCGUGCAUCCGUGCAUGCACGCACGUGUGUGUGUGUGUGUCUGUUAAGCCAUGUGUAUGUGUGUGUACUUCCUUCAAAUCCUUUUCGGGAAGCUGCCUAUCAAUACAUAGCCAUUGCUUUGGUUAAUCUGUUGUUCCUUAUCCAAAUGAAAGGCGUGUGAGCUCUACACUGAACUAUACAUUGA